GAAGCGCAUGCUCGUGAACUCUUCAGCGUUAUUAUUAGUAUAGAAAGUGUAGCUCACACAUUAUCUCCAAAACUCUCUAGUAACUCAUCAAACUUCAUCACACAUUAUGCUCCUAAACGCUCUAGUAACUCAUCAAACUUCAUCAUCCAUGGCUAGAGGAAGUUCCAACCUCCCCAUCUGUUUCUUCAAGAUUAUUCUUCAAACCAGUCUUCAAACUAUUAAAAUACCAAAUACGUUUACAAGGAGCCACGGAGCUCGUCUACCAAAUCCAGUGUUGAUGAAGCCUCCUGAUGGCACUAAAUGGGAAGUGUUUUGGAAAAACAUCAAUGGUGAGAUUUGGUUUCAAAAAGGUUGGAAAACCUUUACUCAAAAUUACUCUCUACAAAACGGUUGUUUUGUAGUCUUUAAAUAUAAAGAAGGAACUUCAGUGUUAGAUGUAAUCAUACUUGGCCAUAAUGGAGUAGAAAUUCAUUAUGAUUCUUCACGUGACACUUUUGAUGUUGAAAAUAAAAACCUUAACCAUAGUGAUGAUGAAUCAGUUGAGAUUUUGAAUGAAUGGCAUUAUCCGAAGAAGGUUAGAAAGAGGUCAGCAUUAGCUUCUCCUAGACCACAUAAAAAAGUUACAGGUGAGAUUGAGAAGGAUAGUCAAAGAACUACAUCAUUGAAUAGACCAAAGGAUCCUAGAGCUCAGGAAGUUGCUGAUGAAUUUAUCUCAACCAAUCCCUUUUUCACAAUUUUGAUCAAGCCUUGUUAUCUGUUAGAAAGUCGUCCGAGAGUACCGAGUUUAAAAGGGACUAUGAACAAGACGAUGAAUGUGAAGCUGCAAAUUGGUAAAAGAUCAUGGAAUCUGAAAUUGCUUCGUUCUUACAAUAACGAAACUGGCCGUUAUCUUUCGGCUGGUUGGACGUCUUUUGCACGGGAAAGUGGACUGCAGCCAGGGGAUGUUUGCGUCUUCGAACUGAUAAACAAGGAAGAUUUAGUUUUCAAAGUUCAUGUUUUUCCGAUUUUACUGUUAAUUUGAGUGAUAGUAACUUUAAUUAAGUAUCUGUUUGAAGUUGUUAUUAAGUGAUAGUAAAUUUUAUUAAGUAAAACUAUUUUCUUUCCAUCAAAUGUGUGAAGUGAAGUUUGUAACCGUUUAAUUUUGAAAUAUUUUGAAGGAACAUCAAGACUCACAAAUUUCUCAUUCUA